AUGGUCGGUGUGUCACGCAGACCCGAGUAUUCUGGGUACGGUAGCGUGUCAUCGAUAGGCUCUCAGAUCUCAAUAGAGAGCUGGAUAGCCAGCAAAGACAAGUUUAGAGUCUCUGCUGAUGGCCAGAUACCCCUUCUUUGGCGCUCGAAAUCGCUUCCAGUAAGUGUUAAGGUGAUGGACGCAUAUGACAGCCUUAUUUCACCACAAAUUCCAGCCAUAUUAGCUAGGCAUAAAAUCUCCUUCGUCGGAGAGAGAUUCCAUCGUCUUCAACCGUUAGACGAGGUCUACGAAACUAGAGAUGUUAUAGAAAUUUUAACGCGGGAUGAGAGACCAAGCAGAGCGUGGCAUGACUCGGUUAAUGAAGUGCUUGGUUUAGUCAAAGAGAAUAUCCCAGAUUCACAGCCGAUACAAAUAUUGUUGGUCAACACCGACAGAAUGUAUGAUGAUGUUUCUAGUGCUCUACCCAAUGACCCGUCUAUUGUUGGGCCCCUGAAGCAAGUCAAAAGUAGAAUUGUGGAAGAGGUUGGGACCUCUAUGAAUGACCUAAGGCCAUCCAUUGCAUUCCAUAUGCGAUGCCGACGAAACGAUUUUAACGCACCAAGGAAACCCACAGUUAUUAUCUUCUGUCACCCUCACUCAGUGUGUGACUUUGCAGCUGUCGAGGAGAAGAUUCUUAACAUCUUGAACAAGUUAGAUAUCUCAGUGUUCCUAGAGAUUCUGCCAGGAAAGCUAGUAUCUACAAAUCCAGGGUCCAUUUUGAGGCGAAUGCGCAUUGCCCCAGAAGAGCUACCAGAGCAUCCAGUAAAUGGGAGCUCAAUCGGUGUGAAAGGGAGCGAAGACUCAGCUGGGACUUUGGGAGGCUGGCUUAUACUCAACCUUCCCCGAGAGAAACGGCAAAUAAAAUGCGCCCUAAAAUGCUAUCACGUCGUCCGAAGCAACGACCCUACUGUGACGCACCAUACUGAUGCACACGGGAUACAUUGGAAUGACAAACGCGGGCGCCUGGCUAUUGAAUACCCAGCGGCUCUCGAUGCACAGAUCGCUAUGGCUCGUCUGGAUGAGCUUUGCCGAUUCUAUCCCGACGACCAACAGCUGAAGCGGCAACAGAGGCAACAGCGAAUGCUGAUCCGAGCUGGUGUCUAG